AUGAGCACUGUGCGCCUCCUACAAUUAGCCCAUCUCCUGAUAAGUUUACAAGUGCGGAUGACAUCAGCAAGAGGUGUACCCAUCGAUAUCUUCAAUCAAGAUGGGAGUGACAUGGCACUACCGCACGAAGAUAACUUCAACGCUCUGGAAGGCUUCACUGGAAUUAUGUACAAUGCUAUUCCUAGCACAUCGAACUCUAAGUGGAGGUUGCAAGCUGGAAACGACUACAUAAUUCCGUAUACCAUUACUGGGCAGUAUGAACCAAAUGAAUUAGAGAUGCUCAAGAAGGUGAUGGAGCAUGUUCAUGAUACAACAUGCAUACGUUUUAAGCAAAGAAAAGACGAGAAGGAUUAUGUGGAGAUACAAAACAACUUUAAAGGAGGGUGCUACUCUCCUGUUGGACGGCACAGCGGAAAACGAGUCAUGAACCUUGAGGCCAAUUACGCAGCCACAUGCUUUACACCGAGGAUAUUGCUUCACGAAUUAUUUCAUGUGAUCGGUCUAUUUCAUGAACAUAUGCGUUUUGAUCGUGACAACUACGUCACGGUCCACUAUGAUAAUGUUGAAAGAAGAUACUGGAGUCAAUUUCAAAAACUUACACUAUGGCAAGCGACUACAUAUAAUAUUCCGUACGACUAUAAGUCCAUCAUGCAUUAUUCUAAGACCUCAUUUGCAAAACCUGGAACAAUUAGCAUGGAAACAAAGGAUCCGCGAUAUCAGUUGAGCACUGCAAAAGCCGCUACUCCUAGUGACUAUCUGAAAGUUUGCAAAAUCUACGAAUGUAAGAGAUGCUUGGGAGACAGUACUGGUAACAGCGACCAAGAUUUGGAUUGGCUGCUAACCGGAAGUUCGUUGCCGAGCACGAGUGGAGCAGUCUUCGUGAUUGUAAUUGGCAUGUUCCAUUUUUGGAACUAGUUUGAUGGCAAUUGGAUCAGCAUGAAAACGAAUCUCCAUAGUAUCGAAAGAGAUGCUUUGAUGGCAUUAUGGAUAGGCGCUCUUAAAUUUUUCUAUACGCACAGGUUGUAAAAAAAACAAUGGUUGUUCUGUGAGCUGUGCUGUGCUUUUGUUCUAUGUUCUGCUUUUGUAACAAAACACCAGUAUACAUUUUGAUCAAUGACGUACGAUAAGUAUAUUAAGGUAAUUUUUGCCGCAAGGUCAUCUUACUUCCGAUCAGAAUAUGACGCGUACUGUUUUGUACAAGUAGCCAUUUUUGUGGUAUUAUUUGUAAAAAGUUGAAUACUUCUAGAAAAUAUAUCAAGUCCGGCUUAGUGGCACUACUAUGGCC